UCUACAGGCCCAGGACUGCAGGUUCCAGCUGGACCUGUACAUGGCCGCUGUCCCACCCAUGUGUAAGAGAAGAGCCAGAGAAACCACCUAGAGGCCCCUGAGGAGUCCAUCUGUGAGGAGCCUGAGCUGAGAAGAUGCGUGCAGCGGUGGUGCCCUCCCUCAGCCUCCUGGGGGCACUCCUGGAGUUGAGCCUAGUGCGCCUGGUCCACAGUGGGGCGUACUACCCUCACAAACAGCCCCCCCAGUCCCAGCCUCUGCCCCAGUACAGCGAGGCUCUGCCCCAGUACAGCGAGCCUCUGCCCCAGCAGCAGCACUUAGGCAACGAGAUGCCCAUACUGCCACCGCAAUUUCCACAGCUGCCUUUCCAAAAGGGCAAGGAGAGACCCCUCCCUCAGAGUAAAGGUCCAUCCUUGCCCUUUAACCCUCGAGGAGCUAAAGGCCCACCCCCGAUGGGAGAGGGGAUUCGUGAAGGACCUCAAGGGAUUCCAGGGCCCCAAGGACCCCCCGGACCCCAGGGCCCGCCGGGUCUACCUGGACAAGGGUUGCCAGGCUUACCAGGAGCACCUGGCUCUCCUGGACCACAAGGAUACCCAGGGAUUGGAAAACCUGGAAUGCCGGGACUACCAGGCAAACCAGGAAGUUCUGGAUUACCUGGACCAAAAGGAGAACUUGGUCCAAGUGGUGGCCAAGGGCUCACUGGCCCUCCUGGGCCUCAGGGACUGCCCGGGCCACCUGGAUUGCCUGGGCUUUCCAAACCAGGAGGUCAGGGGUUUCCAGGCCAGCCAGGGCCACUUGGGGAGCCUGGGCAGAAGGGUUUCCCUGGGCAACCUGGUCCUCAAGGCCCCAAAGGCGAGAGAGGGCUUGGUCUUCCUGGUUUACCAGGUUUAAGGGGACCAGGUGGACCACCUGGGCCUCCUGGGCAGAUGGGGCCCCCAGGGGUUGGUAAACCAGGCCUGAAUGGAUUUCCAGGACAGCCAGGGGUCCCAGGAAAAGCAGGAGCUCCAGGAGAACCAGGAGAGGCAGGACUCCCCGGCGACAGAGGACAACCAGGACCACCAGGAACACCAGGGUUGGGGAAGCCAGGAAAAGAUGGUCUGAGGGGUCCACCUGGGAUCCCAGGGGCUAAGGGAGAAUCUGGUCAACAAGGACUACCUGGCGGUCCAGGCCUACCAGGAUAUAGCAAACCUGGUUUUCCAGGGCCCAAAGGUCACAAGGGAUAUGAUGGCCUUCCAGGACCUCCAGGAGCCAAAGGAGACAAAGGUCAACCAGGUCCACCAGGCAUGAUGGGUUCUCCUGGGCCCAGUGGAAUAACAGGUCCUCCAGGUCCAAUUGGAAUUCCUGGGAAUCCAGGGUUUAUUGGGCUAAAGGGAGAGACUGGUACUGUGGGUGCAAAGGGGAGUCCAGGAAUUAAGGGGGAGGUGGGUCCUCCUGGAGCUCCUGGACCAUCGGGUCGGUCAGGGGAGGGAGGAGAGCCAGGACCAAGAGGCUUACCAGGACCGAUUGGGCCAAAAGGAGAGGCUGGGUCUAGGGGUGCACCUGGAGCUCCUGGUCUUGCAGGACUUCCUGGACCUCGAGGAGAGGGAGGUAGACCUGGAGAUGCUGGACGCCAAGGACCACAGGGAAUUCCAGGGCUCCAAGGGCCAGGGGGCCCAAUUGGACCUCCUGGUCUGCCUGGACUAAAAGGCGAGAUGGGCCCCUCCGGUAAGCCUGGAUAUCCAGGAGAGGGAAAGCCAGGUCCUUCUGGCCCUAUGGGUCCACAGGGUAAAACUGGCCCUAGUGGGCCCCCUGGACUCCCUGGUCCUCCAGGACAGCCUGGGCCUCCAGGGCCUCCGGGGCCUUCAUCUCCUGACUUAGGACAGGUUCUUCCAGCAACGGGCCCUUAUAAUGGUCAGCACCAAGGAUACUACAAGCCCAAUAAUGGAGGCGAGUUGGGGGGAGGGAGUGUAGAGAUGCCAGCCUUCACAGCCAAACUCACAAACCCUUUCCCUCUGGUGGGGUCUCCGGUGCUUUUUGACAAACUUCUGUACAGUGCAAAUCAGGACUACAACCCCCAAAGCGGCAUCUUCACCUGCACCAUACCAGGGAUCUAUUACUUUGCCUACCACGUCCACUGCAAAGGAGGCAAUGUGUGGGUUGCCCUGAUGAAGAACAACGAGCCGGUGAUGUACACGUACGAUGAGUGUAGUAAGGGGCUGUUGGACCAGGCUUCAGGCAGCGCGGUGCUGCCCCUUAGGCCUGGAGAAACGGUGCAUGUUCAGCUGCCCUCAGAGCAGGCUGCGGGGCUGUACGCGGGACAGUAUGUACACUCCACCUUCUCUGGACACCUGCUCUACUCCAUGUGAGGAGCAUACGCCCAUGUCCAUGUUUACAAAGUGCACUUGUAGCCUUCACUAUGUCACAUCUCUACUAUAUCCUACUUACAUACAUAUCCUAUAUCUCUGAUCAGCAUCAAAGACCAGUGGUUUGGUUAGACACAUUGUGUUUUUACUGUCACAGUUUUACAUGAGGGCUGUAAUUAUUUGAUAUGUUUACAUAAACAUUUCAUAUUUGUCCAUUUUUCAUGAUUUUGUAUUAUUUAUUUUUUGACUACUGAAACUUAAAGUGUUGUAUUUGCUCCCAACAACAGGCAACACGUAAAACCAAAAAGUGGGAGAAAAGAGGGCACAUUAGGAAAAAAUAAAGUUUGUCAUGUAGUUGGUCUGAAUUGAAACAUUGUGCCAUUGUUCAGAGGUCUUUUGUGCGGUGACACAUUUACAUUAAUAACCAAAACCUAACGACCAAAACUGAGUGUUUUAAAAUAUGUGAAUUUGUUUGAUUGAAUUUAUUAAAGACAUUGUAUCCAA